AUGGCUGCUCAUUUUGUUACAAUUAGUUUUAUUGCAAUUUGUAGUUUUGUAAUAUUAGUACAAAGUGCAAAUGAUAAUCGUUUUCAAACAUACUACACUCCUCUAUGGGGAUUUGAUCAUCUCACGGUCAAUCCCCAAGGAACUGAAGUGGAACUUAAGUUCGAUCAAUCCUCAGGCUGUGGAUUUAGGUCAAAAUUGGAUUACAGUUCGGGCAAGUUUCAUAUACAGAUGAAGGUUCCAGAGAAGAAAUCAGGCGGCAUUGUUCCGAACUUCUAUCUGUAUUCAGUGCCAGGGUAUGGGCAAAACCCCGGAAGUCAUUUUGAGAUCGACUUUGAGUUCCUCGGAUCCAACGGCACUCUACAAACCAAUGUUUACAAUGAUGACAUGGGCCAUCGGGAACAAAGAUUUCGCCUAUGGUUUGAUCCAUCCCAAGAUUUUCAUAGUUACGAUUUUCUCUGGAAUUCUCACCAGAUAGUAUUCUACGUGGACAAUAUUCCGAUACGAGUAUUCAAGAACAUGAUGGAUAAAGGGAUACCGUAUCCGGACAAGCCGUUACACGUAGAGGCCACCAUAUGGAAUGCAAAUUGGGCAGGGGAGGUGGACUGGGGCAAGGCCCCUUAUGUGACCCGAUAUCGAGAUUUCGGGUUCGACGCCUGCCCGGUGACCGGCGACUGCGGUUCGAAGGAGUACUUUUGGAACCAGGAGAAGUAUUGGGACCUCAGCCCUGCCGAGAAACGCCUAAUGAAGGAGUAUCGAUCUAAGUACAUGGUCUAUGACUAUUGCACUAAAACGCAGGGGAAUAAGGAAUGCUCCCUGUAA